UUUCGAAAUGUUGGAAUACCUCGAUUCGCUUUCUGCAUCUGAAUCUGAUUCAGAUGCCGAACUGGAAACUAUAUUGUUAUAUCUACGUAAAUCAAAAAAAAAAAAAAAGCCGAAUAGUGAGUACCUUAAGAAAAGAAAUACUCAUGGAGAAUUUUCUUUAAACAAAGAAUUGUGUGAUGAACGGUUCAUAAACUAUUUUCGUCUAAACCGAGAAGAAUUCAAAGAAGUGCAUACCUUGAUUCAACCAAUUAUUCACUCCGAGGGAUGUAAUGCUCAGAAACCUAUAGGAACUGAAGAAAAACUGGAAGUAUUUUUAAGGUAUUUGGCAUCUGGUGAUAGCUACAAAAGUAUUGCACAUAGUUACAGGAUGGGAGAUAGAACAGUAUCUAAAAUUGUAAACGAAGUUUCCAGAGCAAUAUGGAAAACAAUUCAACCGAUGUAUCUACCACAACCUACAGAAGAAAUGUGGAUAUCGAUUGCCUCCGAUUUCGAAACAAUAUGGAAUUUUCCACAUUGUGUGGGGGCAAUAGAAGGAAAGCAUGUGGUUAUUAAAAAGCCAAAUAAAUCUGGAUCCUUACACUAUAAUUACAAAGGCGAUCUCUCCAUCGUCUUGAUGGCAGCUGUAGAUGCAAAAUAUAAAUUCACCUUCAUUGAAGUAGGACCCAUGGGAAGAUUCAGUGACGGAAGUAUAUUUUCAAUUUGUGAAUUGGAAAAAAAAAUGGCUGGGGGAAGUCUCCAUCUUCCAUCUCCUAGUGAGAUACCCAACUCUGAAAAUAUAUUUCCUUACGUAUUUGUGGCGGAUGAAGGUUUCCCAUUACAGAUAAACGUGAUGAGACCCUACCCAAGAAGAAGUGUAAUGCAAAAUUUUGAAAAUAAAGUUUUUAAUGAUAGGCUUUCACGAGCAAGGCAAACUGCUGAGUGUGCAUUUGGGAUCCUAGCCUCACGAUUCCGCGUAUUCAGAAGACCAUUUGAAAAUAAAGUUACCAGUGUUGUCGAUAUCGUUAAAGCCGCUUGCGUAUUACAUAAUUAUUUAAGAAGGAAUUCUACCGUGACUAGUGAUAUUGGACAAAAUGAAUCGAAUGAAAACUUAUCAUCUGAACAGCUAGUUCAAAUUCAAAGAAAUCUAUCUAGAAGUUUGAAUGCUGCUUUUUCCGUUCGAAAAAUAUUCACUGAAUACUUCAAUUCUGUCGGAAGUGUACCAUGGCAGGAAGAGAGUGUAUCGCUAAGGCAUAAUUGAAAGGUAUACAGGGAGAUCAAAAACAUUUACAUUGUAUUGUAAUAAAAUUAUAUCAGUAAAAAUAAUCAUGUGAAAUUUAUGAACAUGUUUAAAAAAAUCCUUUAUUGUCUAACAGGA